UAUUAUACCUACUCAAUAAUUAAUACUAUAAAAUAAGGUUUUCAUUUAAAUUACUUAGUUAAGAAUAAUGUAUGAUGCUAGUACAUCUAGUAAAACUUAUGCUCACUCUGACACAGAAGGCAUAGAAUUCACUGAUUUCUGGAGUAACAUAAGUAUCGACAAAGAAGUUUUAAGAGGUGUUAAACUGAGAGAAGUGAAACCAUCAAAGUCUCCAAUGAAAGAACAUGUGCCUAUAGACGUUAAUUUUGAUAUUAAAACAAAGUCCGUUAAAAAGAUUCACCGGAAAAAGGCUGAAAACAAAUCGGCUCUCCGAAAUAAUCGUAGCCUUCUAACGUGUUGUAAAUCAUUUCGUUCCUCAACGCUUCCACGAAGUCAUAGCGCUCGUCGCAAACGCAACAAAUAUAACAGCAAGAGCAAUAAAAACAAAAAUAGGUGUCCUAUGAGAAUAGCUGAACUUGCUGCUCCUUCAAAACGUCAUUGUUUAGAUACAUGGAGACAUAAAGGCAACAUGCUUCCAGACUUCAUGGCCGACAGAUUACGAGAGCACGUUAUGGAUCAAAAACCACUAGUUCAUAUUAGUGAUGCAAUUAUUUGUUUUAAAUCACGAAAUAGGAAGAGAACAAGGCACAGGACAAGAGAUGCAGAUACAACAAUUAAAGACAAAAAUUAUGACAAGACCAAACUACUAUGUGCACUAUUUGGAUAUGAAAUACAUAACAAAUUGUUAAAACCUGUUAAAACAAUAUUAAACCCUGAAUUACGAAAACUUUCGGAAAUUAUAAAUACCGAGAUCUCUAAAAUUUCACGUAAAAAAAAUAGAACUAAAGUGAUUAACCAUAAAAUACAAAGUGAAAUAGCAGAUAAGGUAACAAUUUGGAUAACGUCUAUCUUAGAAGAAUCUUCGAUGAAGCUCAUGUUGGAUGAUUACCUAGAAUUAGAAGAGUUAGAAGGACACAUAUGGGAUAUAAUAGACAACAUUUUUGACGCAGUUGCGGGCACCUGUAAAUCUGAAAGUAUAUCACUAAUGGAAAACAAUAUUAGUUCAAGAAGCAAUAGCUACAUAUCGGUUUAUAGUAAAAAAUCUAGUCUAACAUCUGGUAUUCAAAAUGAAGGUAGUAUUCACGAUGACAUAAGAGAACUAUUAAAUGAAAUAUCGGGAAUAGCAAUUCCUGAUAUUAAUGAAGAUAUAAUAAAUAAAAAUCAAUCAGACGAAAUAAAAGGAAACAGCGAAAUGGUCGCUUUGAUUUUAUCUGAUCUUAUUGAUCAAGCCACUGCUGGCGAUUCAGAGAAUGAAAUAAGUUCAGAAAAAUUUACCGCAUCCUUAAUCGACACUAUUAUAGACACGAUUUUAAGAAAAAAUUUCAAUAGUUUUGACGAUAUUAUGCCUGUUACAAACGAAAGUUAUAGUAAUGCCGAAUCUGUUGAGAAGAUUUCAAGCAUGGACGUAAAAAGUGAAACGUAUGACGAAUUAAACGAAACAAAAAUAGAUGAUGCGUCGGCAAAGGACCAUGCUAUCGAAGAGCAACCGACAAACGUCAAAGAAAAAGAGUCAAAAAGCGAUGAUAAUAUAAAAAAUCAUGAAAUAAAAACAGAAGAAGACGUCAUCCAAGAAAAUACAUCUGAAACUACCGACGAUGCUUUUAAAAAAGUAAAAUUUUCUGAUAUCCAUAUCGAUAUAAAACAUAAAAUUAUACCACAUUACGAUGAAAGCUAUGAUAACACUAUAAACAUAAAUACUUCGGAAAACAAUUUUUCACGAAACGAUUCUAGGGCUUUUCGUAGAAAUAUCAAUUUUGCCCCGCCAAAUGAUCAUCUCAUCAGUGAUGUAGACGAAAUUUGGCCUGAAAAUAUCUUGCCAUUAACUGCAAAGCUUUCAGCUUCAGUAAGCAAAUCAGUUACUUCCUUGGGUUUUAUAAUAGAAUCAGAAGAAGUAACCACUUCGCCGGAUCCUAAACUAAGAAUAGAAACCGAAAAAUCAUUGGAAGAAGAGAUUGUUGCUGAAUUAUCGAAUUUAACUGACACAAAAAUGGAAAACUUUGAGGAGUUAUAUACUAGUUUCUCUCCUGAACUAAAUUCUUUAGAUGCAGAACUUAACGCAGGUGAUAAUAAUAAUAAUAUUCAAUUGAUUGAAUUUUGUAAUGGUGAAGAAAUAAACACAGAAAGGAUUAAGGAAUUGAACAAUGACGAAGAGAUUCAAAUGAAGAUAAAUAUUCUCCAGACUUUAAAUUUAACCACGCUACCCAUAAUUGAUAUUCACUCUGAAAUACCAGAACCAUAUUUAAAAAAACUCGUUACGAAAGACAAAGGAAUACAAACAAAAUUAAGCGAUGACAAAAGAGAAAAGCAAGUUCACAAGCAAUUAAAAUUACGACAACAUGAUAUCCGAAUAUGGUGUAAAGGCCUUGAGAACGUCAUGUUUAAUUUAGAAAAUUGGCUUUAUUGGAUUGAAAAUACCCAUACUCAUGUAGCUCAUUUGCGGAAUAACGCUGUUGUUAGUACUUCCCGAAAAAUGAAAGAGGAAAACUUGAAAGAGUGGAUAAAAUUGAAGAAAAACAUAGACUCUGAUGUGAAACUAUGGCUCAAAUUAAACCAAAGACUCGUUAUUGGUCUGAAUAGCUAUAAAAAUUAUUAUAUGAAAAGAACAAUAAAGACUCCAUAUCCUCAACAAGGAUUAUGUCAAUGUUAUAAAGCAUUUUAGGAUCUUCUAUCUGAUAUCACAAACAUUGACAUAUAAAGAUACAUCAAGA